AUGGAUUUCAACAGCUCGUCGCCCUUUCCCGAGGGAGUCAUCUCCUUCCUCGACACGGAUCUGUAUAAGCUGACGAUGCAAUGCGCCGUCUUCAAGUUCUUCAAGGACGUGCCCGUGACCUAUGCCUUUACUAACAGAACCCCCGACAAGAGGCUCUCCAGGGCUGCUUUCAAGUGGUUAGAGGAGCAGAUCCGAAAGCUCGGCAACAUCUCCCUGUCUGACGAAGAGUACCGAUUCCUGCAGGAGCACUGCAAGUAUCUGACUGCUGACUACCUCGAAUUCCUCAAGGAGUUCCGGCUGCGACCUCGAGAGCAGGUUCUGACAACCUUCAGCCCCAUCGGGGAUGACUCGGGCUCGGAUUCAGACGUUGGCGACGUCCACAUGGAGAUCAAGGGCACGUGGUCCGACACAAUUCUAUAUGAGAUCCCCAUUUUGGCGCUGACAUCUGAGGCCUAUUUCCGCUUCAUGGACACGGAUUGGAACUACGAAGGACAAGAGGAAAAGGCUUUUGAAAAGGGACUGCGCCUACUGGAGGCUGGGUGCACCACCUCCGAGUUUGGAACCCGUAGACGCCGCGAUUACCACACCCAGGCCCUAGUGUUUCGCGGUUUAGUCAAGGCAUCCAAGGAAGCGACCGCAAAGAGCUUUCCUGGAAAGCUGACGGGAACGAGCAAUGUUCACCUGGCUAUGCGAUUUGGCAUCCCUCCUGUCGGAACUGUAGCUCAUGAGUGGUUUAUGGGAAUUGCCGCCAUAACCAACGACUACACCAAGGCAACAGAAGAGGCCCUGCGCCACUGGGUCAGCGCUUUUGGCACCAACCUGUCCAUUGCUCUGACAGAUACCUUUGUCGACGGCGGAUUCGGCGCUGAAAUUUUCCAGAAGGCCGACGGAAGCAUGAAGACAUACGCCGAAAUGUUUGCGGGAGUGCGACAAGACUCAGGCGAUCCAGCCGAAUAUGUCAAGCUUCUACGUGAUUACUAUGAUGGACAAGGUAUCAAGGAUAAGAAGAUCAUUGUGUUUUCUGACUCACUCAACAUCGACCGCUGCUUGGAGUAUUUGGAAGUGUCCCAAAAGUACGGCUUUCAGCCUACAUUUGGUGUUGGCACCUAUCUAACAAACGACUUUACGCACCUCAAGACUGGCACAAAGUCUGUGCCACUGAACAUUGUCAUUAAGCUCAGCUCAGCUGCUGGUCGGCCAGCCGUUAAGAUUAGUGACAAUGCCGGUAAAAACACUGGUGAUAAGGAGACGGUCCAAAAGGUCAAGCAGCAGAUUGGCUAUGUGGAACAAGAGUGGAAAGACGGUGACGAGACUGCACGAUGGGGCAGAGAAGAAGAUUCCAAAGCGUAA